AUGUUGCGUACCACUACCACCACCGCUGUCCGUGUCUUCAAGCCUGUCCAAGUCUCUACUGUUGCUCGUCGUAUGUACAGCAACACCUUCAGUGACAAGGAGAGAGCAGAGGAGAACCAGUACAUCCGUCAGAAGGAGGCUGAGCAGAUCAAGAAGCUCAAAGAGCAGCUUGCUCAAAAGGAGAAGGAGAUCGCAGAGCUCAAGAAGAAUGGCGACAAGAAAUAA